UCAACAUUAGUUGUCUCGAAAGUGCGUGACUUAUUUCCAUAUAGCCAGUCGCUGAAAGUUAGCGAAAAGUACGAGCACGUGUAAUAUAGUAUUAAUUAGCGUAUUUAUAUUGUAUUAAUUGUCAUCGUCAUUAUAUCAUCGUAAUAUAAAUCUGAUCGCGUGGCGUGUAUCGAUAUCGUGAUCACAAUUGUACAGGUGAGAUUGAUUUCGUCGGCCGGGAAUGGGAAGAUCUCUCGACGUUCGCUCCAUGCGACCGUAGUAUCCUUGGCGUGACGUCACAGCUCCGGUUCAGGCUGCCGCAAAUUCGCGCGCGCUUUUCGACGCAAAUAUUUCCGAGUUUUUCGACGUUGUCGAGAUCAACUUGCUGAAGAACACUUUACAUCUUAGGAGGAAGAGGAAGGAAAUCUGGGAGGGACAUCGAGCACCGGCGGAGCAAUCCUGGGAGCAACGUAGCUUCGUUAUUAACUCCGCUGCUGCGCAUCGGUUGCCUGCUUAUCCAAUUUAUUCAUGCCAAUCCUCGUUAAGAAAUACGAUGACGGUGUCCUCAAAAGCGAUGUUAUUGAUGCCAUUUUUACUUGCAUUUACAUCGAAUGGCUGUAGUUUCCAGAAAUUCGGCAAAAUGCGCACUCAUCAAAGCGGCGAGAAACCUGCUUACACCGCUGCGAUUUAUUAUAAUCCUUUGAGAGACUCGAAUGUCACUGUAGAUCCUUAUUGCGACUGCAGCUCAUCCGGUUUCGGGGUGAUGCGAAUCCCGUAUAACUGUGCGGUAAACACAUGUGACAAGUUACACGUGGAUCUGUCAUCUGCGUGCGUUAGAUGCAGCAUGUGUACAGUCGUCGCCGAGGAGAUUAAUGAAACUCUGCUAGAGAUUCACAAUAUGAUGGCGCCUGAUGAUUUGUUGAAUGACACGGAGAUCGUGCUUCUUCUAAGAACUAUCUGCGAUCAUUCUUUUCAACAUUACAGUUUGCGAGAAAUUGAUGGUCAGCGAUUUAUUUCUGACCCAUUACCGGGCGAUAAGCUCAUCGCAUCGUCUGCCGAUGAAUUAUGGGAGAAAAAUUUAAGAGAUAUGUGUCACAAGUAUCUUGACGAAAUACAAGAACUGCGAUUGUACAAAAAUUGGAGAAAAUGGUGCGAAGAUGACGAGUAUAUUCUUAAUUUAGAAAACAUUCUUUGCAGAAAUGAAAUCAGCAGUCUACGAGACUGUAGAGGUAUAGAUAAUAUAUACAAACGACAAGGGCCUACGAAGAUUAUCAGUACUCAUGUGAAGAUUCUAGCCAAAUAUAAUAAUUGUAGUUGAUCAUACACGUUUAUCACGUAUUUUUGAUAUAUUAUUUAAAAAAUCAUUAUAUAUAAAAUAUAC